CCUACAGGAACAGUUCGUCACUUCGACUUGGUUAAUUGGCUGGAUGGUUGCCUUUGUAGAUGCGGGGGUCGAAGUAUCUGGUAUUAUAGCAACGCCUCUAAUGGAGAGAUUUGGCGCCAGGACUGUGGUGACAGUGAGUGGAUUAGUUGCCGGUAUCUCCAUGGCAACUGCGUCCUUGUUACCCAACCUAUAUGGAAUCACCUUUAUCCUGACUAUAUUCACCGGACCAGCUUUUGGCAUAUCAACCGUGAUAACGAAGCAUCUAAUUGGAAGCUAUUUUAGUAAGUCUAUCACAACAGCUUACGGUUUGUCGACCCUGGGUAGCUCUUUUACCUUCUUCGCUGUGCCCUUGAUACAGCUUUUCCUAGACAUCUACGGCUGGAGGGGAACAUGGCUUCUUCUUGGAGGAUUAUUCUUAAAUCUCGCUGUCGUUGGAGCUCUGAUGAAACCACCUGCAGCUAGUGGGCGUCGAGAUGGUUACGAGGCAGCUCUCACAGACGAGGAGCAAUACACAAGGGAAGACAAACUGACACCAAGCAACCGCUUUCUGAGUUCUUUUUUUAUCAGAAUCUUCUCAUUUACUCGAGAUACAUUUCAGCUUGGAUUGUUCUCAUCCAUUUUAUUCUGGCUGGUUGUACUUAUCUACUCCCUGGAGUUUAUUAUGCUGUCGAUCCAUGGUUGA